CCUGAAUUCAAUGUCAUGAACACAAGCUUCUUCCUAUCAUCAAAUGAAUAGUUGCAAUACUUUUUGAGAAAAACACGCUCGGAUUGAGAGGGUCAAAAGAGCAACUUCCGCGUGACAAUCAUGCUGGUUGUCGGAGAAGAUUCUUGACGGAGCCCCAUUCACCGUGCCGCCUUCGAGUGACUUGCACAUCGAAUCAAAGGGCGAUUCACUUCUUGGACAUCUUCAGUUAUAAGAUCCGGAGUUGCAGUUGUUCAUUCACGACACCAAGACAUCCAUCAUGAACGCCAGCCCUCUAAUCCUCACUGAAAGUGCCAUGUCAGAUGAUGCAACGAGGCAUCUGAAGACAGAAGAGUACGUUUUCAGAAUGCCAACCCCGCCACGUAUUGUGAUUCCUCCGUUGGCUAGCUGGAAUCAUACUCAGGUGCCAAUUGACCUGGGAAAUAUUGUUCCGCAUUCAGAUCCUGAGAUCAACAUCGAUUUUCUUACUGGCACCGGCUAUGAUGAAACGUUGUCAGUCGCUCUGAACGGAACAGCAUCAGCUUGGAAGUAUGAGCAUCGACGGCAAGCCCAGGACAUAUUGUCCUUUUUAUGGCUAGGCCCUCUCUGCGCAGCCCGCGACAAAGAGUUCCUUGAGCGGGAAGGCAUUACUUUGUUAUUAGCAAUACAGCAUAAGGGUGGCCUUGGUCCUAAACUUACUAUGGGAGCGAUGCGAGUGGCUGACGAGCUUGGUAUUGCAAAGGCGAAACUGGAAGUUGGCAGCAACCAAGACCUGAUUGCUUUGUUUCCAGCAGCAACACGCAUCAUCAACUCUCACCUGCGCGACAUGUACAAUAAGGCAAUGCUCAACCCCCACGGAUGGACCCGGCCAGGCAAAGUUCUCAUAUUCUGUGAGAGUGGAAAUGAGAAAUCGGCCGCGGUUGCUGCUGCGUACUUGAUGGACAACUUCGAAGGCGUCGACUUUCUCAAAGCAUGUCAAAUCUGCAAUGCUCGUCGCUUUUGUUGUUCAUUUGACGACAGUAUCAAACACUACCUUAAGUCUUACAACGAUAUCCUCCAAGCACGACGUUCAGUCGCAGCUGCAUCUUCUCCGCAACAGAAUCCGGAUUCACUCAGUGGCCACGCAACAAAUCCGCUUCUUAGUGCACCAACAUUGCACGCACCACAGCCCCAAUGGAUUACAGCAGCACCAUCCCUGAGAAGCGGGAACGCAAAGAGAGCUCGCGAGCGUGAUGAUGAUGACAUGAUGGACAUGGAAGAAAUUGCAAUUGAUGACGCCGCUCGAUUUGAAGGCCGUUCAUAUGCGCCUUUCAAGUGAGAGUGAUGGUGAAGUGUGUCAAUCUCAUGAGUGUGCGGAGGCAUCUAAGUUUCCGCCACUCUGCUCUAGCAGGUUAUAAAAACAUGCCGGGCGAGGUUCAUGGGACUUAAAGGGCUUAUUCUCUUGUAAGAGAAUGGGAACGAAUUUUCCCAACUAGCACAUGGUGCUUCCCCCGGACCUUAUUUGAGAGCACGUGAAUCGGACAAAAAACGAGUGAGAUGACUCCAAAGAAAUGGACAAGUUAACGCCAGACGUGAAUAUAAAUCUCAAAAUCUUCGC